AUUAAAAGUGUUACCCUAAAUUCAGUCUCCAAAUUUCACCGCAAUUAGGGGGGGGGGGGGGAAAUUCUAGCUGAACAUGUGCAGGAAUUCGAAUCCCUAACCUUCCGUCUACUUUCUGUAUCGGCUUCGCCGGCGGCGAUCAGCUGAAGCUGCUGCUGCGGCGUAUUUACCGCUCCACUCCUAACCGGCGGAGCCCUACCCCUUUCAUUUAAAACCCCCUGCCGAUCAUGAGUUGACCACCAGUCAGCCAGUUAAUUUCGUCAAUUACUCGCCGUAACAGUUAAAUUCCGGUAGCAUUCCCCCGUCUCGCUCCCCCGUUGCUUCUCUUUUACUGGUUCAUGAAUCUUUACGCUAAUUGAUCGCUUCUUUCAGUUCUCUUGCUUUCUCGUUGUUUAGACUUCAAAUGGAGGCUGCAUUCUGCCUCGCGCCCCGGAAUGGCCCCCGUCCUACUCCAGAAGAUUUUUAUUUUAAAGGCCAUAAACGUAUCAAACUAUCACAUGACGGGGAAAAACCUAGUAAAACAAGUUCUUCUAAUAUGGUGGAUUACUCUGAUCCAUUCGCUGUAUCCAACAUGAUUGAGAUAUUUGAUUCUGGAAUAUAUGGAAGUGUUACUGAAGACAUUAAAGCCUUGCUUACGCACAAGCUUCAAGUUUUGAGCCCCUAUCUUCAGAAAUAUCCGUCGCUUUCUAAAAUAUUAUAGGGUGGAGAAAAGAGCUCAACUAAAGGUGCUUCAGGGGUACAGCGGGAUGAUUUCAUAGAUCUGGAUGAUGAUGAUGUGGGACAUAAUGCUCCAAAGGUGACAAAUGUUAUUGUUAUUAUUGAUUCAGAUGAUGAAGACAAUCAAGAUCCACGGGUGGUUCUUCCAUUCCAGGAGUUGGCUUUGCCGAAGCCUGAGGGACAAAUUGUCACAGAAAAUGAGUAUAACGACCUCCAGAUAGAGAACAGACGGCGAGGAGUGCCACAAAUGGUUCCUGUUGAACUUGGUGGCAAGAAAGAGCCUGAUUCCAAGAAAGAGCCUGAUACCAAGGAAGAACCUGAUAUCAAGAAAGAUAAAGGGACUUACUUGGUGUCACUGAUGAUGAUAAUGAUACUGAAACCGUUGAUGAUGGUCUGGGAGAUAUUUGGAAUGAGAUGUCCUUGGCCUUGGAAUGUACUAAGGAAGACGUGGAGCACCAUUUAUCUGAUGAUUACUUGGAAGAUGAUGAUGAGUUAUGCGACCAUUCUUUCAUCUUAAAGGAUGAUAUUGGUUAUGUUUGUCGCAUCUGUGGAGUUAUUGAGCGGGGGAUUGAGAGCAUAAUUGAAGUCCAAUUUUAUAAGGCAAAAAAGAGCACAAGAACAUCUAUGAGUACACAGACAUAAAAGGACCGAGAUCCAAAAGAGGCAAUUGGAAUUCAACUAUCAGAAGAAAACAUGACGGCAACGGAAAUCGCUGCCCACCCAAGGCACUUGAAAGUUAUGAAACCUCAUCAGGUUGAAGGUUUCAAUUUUCUUUGCAGUAAUCUGGUAUCGGAUAACCCCGGAGGCUGCAUAUUAGCUCAUGCUCCUGGGUCCGGGAAGACAUUCAUGAUAAUAAGUUUUAUGCAAAGCUUUCUAGCUAAAUAUCCUCACGCUAGGCCCUUGGUGGUGCUCCCAAAAUGAAUAUGAUCUACAUGAAAAGCAGAGUUUAAAAGAUGGGAAGUUGAGAAUAUUCCAUUGCUCGACUUCUACACCAUGAAAGCUGAUAGUAGGCAUCAGCAGUUGGACAUUUUAAAGCAGUGGCUGGAGGAGAAGAGCAUUCUUUUCUUGGGUUACAAGCAGUUCUCCUCAAUCAUUUGCGACAGUGGGAGCUCGGUUGCAACCAGCUGUCAAAAGAUACUUCUUAAAAGACCUUUGAUCCUUAUUCUUGACGAGGGGCACACUCCCAGGAAUGAAAACACCGAUGUAUUGCAAUCUCUCGCAAAAAUCAAGACUCCUCGAAAAGUUGUGCUUUCGGGAACCCUGUACCAGAAUCAUGUGAAAAAGGUGUUUAAUAUAUUGAACCUUGCACGUCCCAAGUUCCUGAGGCUGGACAGUUCAAAGGGCAUUGUGAAGUGGAUCUUGAGUAAAGGAAACAUCUCGGGGCUGAGGAAACAAAUUAAAGUAGGUGCCGACGCAACUUUUUUUGAACUUGUUGAGCACACAAUUCAAAAGGAUCCCGAUUUCAACAGAAAAGUGUCGAUCAUCCGAGAUCUUCGUGAGAUGACCAGCAAGGUCCUUCAUUAUUACAAAGGCGAUUUCUUGGAUGAACUUCAUGGACUGGUGGAUUUCACAAUGGUGCUUAACCUCAGCAAUAGACAAAAACACGAGGUCAAUGAGCUAAAGAAGCUUGCAAGGAAGUUCAAGAGAAGUUUUGUGAUCUCGGGUGGAUGAUGGGGAAGGAGAUAUUUGUGAUCUCGGGUGAAUCAAGUUCUGAACAGAGAGAGUGGUCCAUGAACCAGUUCAACAAGUCACUCGAUGCUAAAGUCUUCUUCGGAUCGAUUAAGGGUUGUGGAGAGGGGAUAUCACUGGUAGGGGUAUCGCGGAUUCUGAUCUUGGAUGUUCAUAUGAAUCCAUCCGUGACCCGCCAGGCUAUAGGGUGGGCGUUCCGACCAGGUCAGACCAAGAAAGUGUAUGCAUACCGGUUGGUUACUGCUGAUUCGCCCGAGGAGGAAGAUCAUAGUGCUUGCUUCAGGAAGGAGGCGAUUGCCAAAAUGUGGUUUGAAUGGCACGAGUAUUGUGGUUACCAGAAUUUUGAAGUGGAGGAAAUUCAUUUGGAAGAGUCCGGUGAUCCCUUCUUGGAUAGUUUUCUAGUGAGGGAAGAUAUUAGGGUUCUGUACAAAAGGUGAUCGUGAUCAAGAAAAUGGCCCCCAAGUUGUGGAGAAGGCCAGCUGGGUUUCGAGUUUUCCAGCCUGCUAUUAUCCUGAUGGGUUGUGCUCUUACUUCCCUUGCAUCUUUCUGUUCAACCUUAAGUGAAGUCGGAAAUUGUCUAUCCUCUUAAGUCUUCUUGCAAAUUUCCUCCUGAGUUCUUGUAGUGCCGGAUCGGUCUUAGGUAUCAAUCAGACAGCCUAUCAACUGUCUUGAUUUUUCCCCUGCUGUGUACAUAGAUUGAACAUGAAUUCUGUAAAAUGUAAAUGGUGAUUAUGGUUUCCAAGAAGCCAAAGUUUAGGGCUGUUUUAGGGCUGUAAUGGUUUUCAAGAAGCCAAAGUUUAGGGCUGUAAUCAAUUAUGGUUUUCGUCGGGCGCCUAUCUUAGCCUUGCUGAGGGCUUGAGGAUGGUGAUAUGUGAAGACCCAUUCCCUCUACAUGGAAAACAGCUCUCUUGCAAGUUUCAAUUUAAUGAUUUUUUGUCCUCUUUUAAUGGCUCCGUAAUUUUUGUUCUCCAAUAGUUAGAGAAUGUCAAGGAGUAAAGAGUACCAUGAACUUCAUG